UAAGUAGUACCAAGCUGCUAUGGCCACCAGAAUCGAUAAACCGACACUAAAUGCUGUAAAGAAUCGGGGACGUAAUUUAACUUGCCGUUUGCCCGGUGACUCACCUCGAUGGACUGUCGAAGCUGGCUUUGGUUUCAUAUUCGUUUAAUACUGAGAGGCAUUGAAAAUAUGGGAAAAAUGUACUGUACGCUAGUAUGUUGGUUGAGUAAAAACCACUAAUGAAUGACCGACCGGCAGCAGGUGAAGUGUGUGAGUUGAUGUUUUUAGCUUUGUCGGAGCAAAGCAGGAAUACCAGAUGGACACUUUUCUGCUCUGUGUUCACAUGCGCACUUGAGCCAUGUGGUGAGUAGUUUAUUUCCUCGAUUAUCACGAAAGACUGAAAAUAUCAACAAUUUUUAUAUAUUUUAAUAAAAUCUGUAGAUUAAGUAUUUCAUGAAUCUAAAUUUACAAACACAUGCUGGCUAUUGCUGCUGAAAGACGAUCGAAACGUGCUCAAAGUUUAAAGUUGAAAAAUCUUUAGCUAAACAUAAGUAAAAAUGGCUAAUCAGUGGAAGAAAUAUGUAUUAUGGUUUGCCCAAGAGCACGUGGAUUUCCGGCAAGCUGAAAUUGCAUCGCUGCUACGCUUAUGGAACAUCAAAAUGAACACUGCUCCGAAUCAUAAACCAGAAAAUCCGUUCUGGAUAGUGGAACUUCAAAAUCAUGACGCCGCCCGGAAGUUAGCUUCGCGAUCCAUGUCGUUACGGUGCAUUUUCGAACUAUGGGCUCACUCCAACAGUACGGCCAACUUUCAUAAAGAACUGAAAUGUUAUAUCGAGACAAAUCGGAAAACCUUGAACCCGUUCUUCGGUAAAGAUCGCAGUUUCAAGGUAACUGUAGAAACGUAUAACAAACAUUUUUCUCAACCCGAGAAGGUUGCUAAAAUAGAAACUUUAGAGUACCUCCCUGUUGAAGGGCCGGUCAAUUUGAAAAAUCCAGAUGUACAUUACUGGUACGUUGAGUUCUGGGGACUAGAUCCCAUGGAUGUACCAGAUCAACCGUAUGAUGUCGUUUUCGGAAGUUGGGUGGCCGAUGGAGCAAGAGACAUCAUCAAUGAGAUAUCGCUGAAGAAGCGGAAAUUCAUCGGAAACACCUCGAUGGAUCCGCAACUUUCGCUUUUGAUGGCUAAUCAGGGAUUGGCCAGAGACGGCGACUUGGUACUCGACCCUUUUGUGGGAUCUGGCUCGCUAUUAGUUGCAGCGGCCAAAUUCGGAGCGUUUGUAUUAGGGUCAGACAUCGACUACAUGACGAUCCAUGGGAAAUCUAAACCCACCCGCGUUAACCAAAAGGUUCGAGAAGCAGAUGAAUGCAUUUACGCAAAUUUGAAACAAUAUGGGUGUGAAAAUCGAUACGUCGAUGUGCUGAUAUCGGAUUUUUCCAGAAGUAUUUGGAACAGCAGAAUACAGCUCGAUAGUAUCAUCACUGACCCUCCCUAUGGUAUUCGAGAGGCAACGGAAAAGAUCGAAUUCAAAACGCAGAAACGGGCAACAUGUCUCAAUGAAGGUGUAGUUCAUUAUCCAUCUACUUCUCCCUACCAGUUCGAUCAACUUUAUCGGGAUCUCAUGAACUUCUCGGCUCGACAUCUUAAAAUGGGAGGGCGCUUGGUGUGUUGGUAUCCCAUAUUGAGGAAAGAUUUCACACCGGAUAUGUUACCACGUCACAAAUGCCUGGAACUGGUGGCCAACUCAGUACAACCCCUGACCACGUACAGUGCCCGCCGGCUGCUAACGUAUGAGAAAAUUUCCGACCGGGAGGAGGAUAUGGACUCGUACCAGCUAUCGGAACAGAUGGUGGACAACUUUCGCCAACGAUACAUGAAAACCGUUUUGCAAAGCAGCGGUACCCGGAAAGAAAGGCGGCUUGCUUUGCGGGAAGUUGGUCGGGAAGAAGCCAUCAAACGGGGAAAACAGCUGGAUAGUGAUGGCAAAUGGAAACUUAUCGAUGAAGAUAAGGCGAAGAAAUAAUAUUUGCCUUUUAGGACUUAAA